CCGAAGUGGAAUGUCGCCUCGAGUGUGCUUAAAGCUAAGAGAAGAAUGGGGGGCGAAUUUUCCUUGUUCCUUGUUCUCUCGAUCGUUUCGUUUCUCGCUAUCGGCGCAUCGGGACUUUAUAACUGCGAGUAUAUACACAAAUGCAAUGUGUGCACGUUGGAUGGAAAGUUGGUAAAGGUGAGAAGAGACGUGGACACGAUAAAUAUUUUCGAGUUGAAUAUAACAUCCAUCGACGAGAACAACACGUUCGAGGAUAUAGUGGCCAUCAAACUGAGCUUCAGCAUCGGUAACAAUAUAUCCAGCGUGAAGAAGGAAUCGUUCAAGGGUUUGGAAUUGUUGAGAGAAUUGGACCUGGGGAACAACAUGAUACCCCUGUCGCCGUAUCUGUUCUCAGAGUUGAAACAAUUGCGUACGUUGAACCUGAAAAAUAACAAUCUCGAGGAAAUACCCAAAGACUCGUUCGCGGGUCUAUCAAACUUGAAGAAACUCUACUUACAACGUAAUCGCAUUCAAUUGCUCGACAACGAUUCGUUUUCGGGAUUGUCUUCGUUGGGUAUGCUUCAACUGGACAAUAACAGAAUCUCUAAUUUAAAUGCCGAAUCCAUGUGCCGGAUACCAAAAUUGGAAGAGCUUCAUCUGAUGAACAACACGCUCACGUCUGUCCAGCCGGGAUCCUUGGCGUGUCUGCGCGAUCUGAAAUUCGUUAAUUUUGCGUUCAAUCGGUUGACACGGUUAUCCAAGACGGAUUUCGAGGGAUUGACGAAUGUAGAGACCAUGAAUCUGCGCAACAAUCGGAUAGCCGCUAUUGAUCCGGAGACGUUUUCUCACAUGAAGAAAUUGCAAACUUUGUUCAUGACGAGCAAUCAAUUGACCAUGAUUGAUCCUCGACUGUUCAACGGGUUGACCGCGCUGAACUGGCUUGAAUUAAAUAGCAAUAACAUAGACACGUUGGAGGCCGGUUCCUUUGCUGAUCUUAACAAGCUGCGUGUAUUGCAUCUCGAAGACAACAAUUUGUCUGAAGUGGACAGGGAGAAGGUUGGAUUGACCAAUUCCACCGAUCUGAUUAUAUUCCAAGGAAAUACUACGACGAAAGAAUCGAGUGAACAGGAAUCUAAAAUAAUGAGUUUGUAUUGGUUGAUAAUACUGAAUGGAAAAUUAUGGAAUUUUAAUCGAAAUUAAUUAAAAGGAUAAUUAUAUUAGUAUUAAUCAAUAACGUUCUUAUUAAUACUAAUCUACUUCUAAAGAGUUAUAAUUAAAAGAUAAAUGUCAUGUAUCAAUGAAUAUUCUUUGAUUAAAAUAAUAUUUUAAUUAAUAAA